AUGCUCUACACACUGGCAGGAGGAGGCACGCUGAGUGGCGUCGCUGCCCUCGUGUUCCUCAUCGUUUCCACAGCCACUGAUUACUGGAUGCAGUAUCGCUACUCGGGAAACUUUGCCAACCAGGGCCUCUGGAGGUUCUGCAUCAACAACAAGUGCCAUGCUCACACACUCACUGUGGCCUUCUGGGAUGCCACCCGGGCCUUCAUGCUGCUGUCUGUGCUGAGCUGCUUCGCCGGCGUGGUGCUGGGCCUCAGCGCCUUCUCCAACAGAACUAAAAACACGAGGGUGAGAACCGCAGGAAUCGCGCUACUGCUGUCUGGUUUCUUUGCUCUGUUAGCUUUGGCAAUCUACACUGGCGUGACCUUGAACUUCUUUGGCAAGCGUUACAUUGAGUGGAGGUUUUCAUGGUCCUACAUCCUUGGAUGGAUUGGCAUAAUUCUGACUAUAAUAGCUGGCAUCCUCCAGAUUUGUGGCUACCAGAGGAGCACUGCUGAACCAGCACCUCAAAAUGCUACAGACAGCAGAAUUUCUCCUGAGCAGUAA